AAAGGCUAUAUUGAGUAGACAUACAUCUUAGACACAUACAGAAAUGAAUGAAUCCUUGAAUCCUUGCAGUUUGCAUUGCCCUCAUUUAGGAGAAUUAUGGGCUUGGUAUCAAAAGGAAUCUGGAGGUCAUCAAGCAAAGUUAGUAAAUCAACCAUGUACACAAUGCCAAGAAUGGCAAAAGAGAAUUACAAAUCAAAAUGAAGACCACAAAAAAGAAGUUAAUACGCUAAGACUAAAGUUGAACGAUUUAGAAGACUUUAAGAAAAGAAUGGGAACAACAGUAUCAGCUGCAAUGACCAGCAAGUCUCAUCCCUCUGAAAACAUCGAUGACCCUUGUAGAAAAACCAAACUUUUGACGAUGUACAAUGAUAUUGAAACUCAAAUCUGGGGAAAAGCAAAAGACCAGAUAGGACAUUUGAACCAAGAUGAUCACAAGAGAAAGGCUAAGACACUAAUAAAGAAAACAUUUCAAAAGGCAAAAGAAGAACUGGAAAAGUUGACCAAAACACAAACUCCUGACUGUCCACCUGAGAUAAAGGCAUACAUGGAGUCAUCCAUCCAUAGCCUACAGUUGGUAUACUACUGGAAUUACAAGAUUUACAUGGACACAGGCCAUGUGAAUUUCCCUGCGGAGAUGGAAGCAAUUCACAACAGCAAACUCUUCAGAGAGCUCUACAUCCAUUGCUUCUUCAUAAGCAGACUGUUGGCUCUUCACAAUCCUCCCAUUGAAGUUGACCUGGAACACACCACCAACGAAAAGCCAUUUCCAAUUUUAGUGGAUAAUCCCUCUAAAUUCUGUACACCACUGCCUCAGCACCAUCCAUCUACCACCACAAAUGCGCCAACAGAUCAAUCACAACACAUGUGUCAUCCAAAUUAAGGCAUUUGGAAAGCAUAACAUCUAAAAUAUGAGAUGUAUACGGAGCUAUAACUAUAUUUACACCAAAAGAGUAACCACAAAAAUAAAUGAGACCAACCCACCCCUCUCUGAAAGUUAAUUGACCCAUAUUGACAUCAUUAAUGUGGUGUUAAAAUUAGCGAAAUUUUGAAAAUCUAACAAUUCAGAUUUUUGAAAAAGCAUGCAAGCACUCUAUUACAUAUCAACCAGAUGCCCAUGUUGCAUGAGCUAUUACUCAUUUUGUUAAAUUCAAUACUUUGGUUCUGAGAGCAGAAUGAGUCACAGGUUUUCAGCAGGAAACUACACUAUAUUGCCAAAAGUUUUUGCUUACCUGCC